GUAGUAAAAUCAACAGCCUCGUCAGUACAUCCCUUCUGUCCGUCAUUCCCCCGCGUGGUCUUCACUCUCCGGGACGGUUGACCAUCGGCUUUUCUGCCUAACGACCUAGUGUGCCUUAGCGCGUCAGUCAUAUAAGAACACUGCUGCUGAUCAGUUACUCGAACCAUAAACCUUGACUUCAGCUGCAGCGCUUCAAGCAUUCCCUCUCCAGAAUCAUGGAACGACUUCAGCAAAUUGUAGCACAUCUCACCCCGUCCAAUAUCACCACAGAGUCCAUCCUAAACACCUCAAAAAUACUAGUCAAUCAUGCGGUGGACCAAGCAUCCCAGAUAGAUUGGUCACACCUUCCUCAAAAUACUGUACACUAUGUUUCGGAGAACCCGAAGAGCGUGCUCUGGGGAGCGGUGCAAGCUGGGGCCUUUAUUUGUCCCGGCAUGGUUACGGGACCUCUUAUGCACGCCGCUGGAUUUACGAGUGCUGGACCAGCUGCUGGCUCGGUGGCUUCAUGGGCACAAAGUCACAUCACACCUAUUGCUGGACAAGGGAUCUUUGCGCAUGUUCAGAGCGCAGCGAUGAAUGGAUAUGGACGCGCUAUUGUCGAUGGCGUGGCUCGGGGUAUGGUUUUGGCGCCACGAGCUGCGGCCGGGGCAUGGAGGUACUUUCGGGAGUGAAAACAUUUCUAUUGAUAAGGGCGUUUGUCUGGUACUAGUAGUGCAAGGGUGAUUUUGUGAGUUUUUAUAGUAAACAUUGAUGUUGUUUGCAGAAGAUCAAAUUGAAUGGUUGCUAUGAGGUACAAUGAGAGAUCGCCUACAGUUACAGAUAGUAUAUAUUUUUGCCUAGACC